GGCCCUGGGAGCAGCUUCCCAGCUCACCCUCCACUCCGCCUUGCCCCGUGCCUGGGGUGCCCACCCCAUCUCACCUGGCUCACUUCCCAGGACUUCCUUGAUCCUCGGCCCUCCGGUUUUCUCCCCAGGCCUCCUCCCUUGCUUCUCUUUACCCCACAUUCCUUCUCUCCACCUCAUCUCCCUCCUGUGGGACUUUUGUCUCCCAAUCACCCCCUCCCCGUUUCUGACCUUCCUUGGGGGAGGGGCUCAGGGAAGUCCAGGCCAUAGGUGAGAUGAGGGCGGCUCUGUUCCUGGACCUACUGCUACAACUGCUGUGGAAAGCUCCAGUGGAGGCACCAGGACCUGGCACAGAGAUCCCCAUGGUGGUGUGGGCCCAGGAAGGGGCUGCUGCCCAGCUCCCCUGCAGCCCCACAACCCCCCUCCAGGAUCCGAGCCUUCUGCGAAGAGCCGGGGUCACAUGGCAGCAUCAACCCGACAGUGACCCGCAGGCUUCCAGCCCCGCCCGUGGCCUUCGCCGAGGGGUACCCUCGCCCCCGGGCCCGGCGCCCCAGCGCUACACGGUGCUGAACGUGGCUCCGGGAGGCCUGCGCAGCGGGAAGCUGCCGCUGCUGCCCCGCGUGCAGCUGGCCGAGCGCGGCCUCCAGCGCGGGGACUUCUCGCUGUGGCUGCGCCCGGCCCUGCGCGCCGACGCCGGCCACUACCACGCCGCCGUGCGCCUCCGGGACCGCGCGCUCGCCUGCCGUCUCCGCCUGCGCGUGGGCCAGGCCUCGGUGACUGCCGUUCCCUCAGGAUCGCUCAUGCCCCUUGCGUGGGUCAUUUUGAACUGCUCCUUCAGCCGCCCUGACCGCCCAGCCUCUGUGCACUGGUUCCGGGGUCCCAGCCGACUCCCUGUCCUGAAGUCCCCCCGUUGCCACUUCGCCGAGACCUUCCUCUUUCUGCCCAAAGUCAGCCCCUUGGACUCUGGGACCUGGGGCUGCGUCCUCACCUACGGAGAUGGCUUCAAUGUUUCCGUCAUGUACAACCUCACGGUUCUGGGUCUGCAGCCACUCUCUCCCUUGACAGUGUACGCAGGAGCGGGCUCCAGGGUGGAGCUGCCCUGCUACCUGCCCCCUGGUGGGGGAGCCCAGUCUCCCCUCGUUGCCAAGUGGACUCCUCCUGGGAGAGGCCCUGACAUCAUGGUGGCCGGAGACAGCGGCAACUUCAGUCUCCAGCUGGAGGCCGUGAACCUGUCACAAGCGGGGACCUACGUCUGCAGUGUCCACCUGCAGGAGCGGCAGCUACAGGCCACUGUCACCUUGGCGGUCAUCACAGUGACUCCCAAAUACUUUGGGUUACCCGGCUCCUUGGGAGAGCUGCUGUGUGAGGUAACCCCAGCAUCCGGACAAGAACACUUUGUGUGGUACCCCCUGGACAAAGGGUCCUGGAGGAGUUGUCCGGGACCCUGGCUGGAGAUACAGGAGACCAGGCUCCUUUCCCAGCCCUGGCAGUGCCAGCUGUAUCAGGGAAAGCAGCUUCUUGGAGCAGUGGUACACACCGUAGGGUCUAGCCCAGGUGCCCAACACGCUGGAAGGAUCCCAGGCUCCCUUAAAGGAGGCCAAAACUCUCUUUUUCUCAUCCUCGGUGUCUUUUCAUUGCUCCUUUUGGUAACAGGGGUCUUUGGCUUUCAUCUACGGAGAAGACAGUGGCUACCAAAAAGAUUUUCUGCCUUAGAGCAUGGAAUUCACCCUCCUCGGGGUCAAAGCAAAAUAGAGGUGCUGGAGCGAGAGGUGGAGAUAGAACCGGAGGAGCCGGAGCCCACCAGGCUCUGAUCCGAAGCUGGGGAGGAGGGCCCCCCCGGGGGGGGGGCGUCAUUCAGCAGAUCUUAGCAACACAGACCCAAUAAACUCUGUCAGCAGCAA